CAUUUAUUUGAUUUCACUUCGCUUCACUAUAUUUUCCUUCUUUUUAUUGUCAUUUGCGGAAUGUGCGGAAUCCAACUUUUGGUGCGUCAAAGCGCCUGCGCAGCCGACGCGUCCACGGAAAAGCGCUGGGCCGAUCUCACACUUGCCAACAGCCGCCGGGGCCCUGACGCACACAACGAACUAACCAUUACGCUGCGCUUUUUCACACUGCGCAUCGGCGCCCACGUCCUGCACCUGCGCGGCGCCCACCCGCAGCCCCAGCCACUGGUGAGCGCGCAAACCGGCGACAUCCUAUGCUGGAACGGCGAGGUCUUCUCAGGACUCCCCGUGGGAAACUCCAACGACGGACUAAUGCUCUUCCACGAGCUCCAGCGCGUCAAAAAGCUACACCCAAAGGACUUUAUUUUGCGCGUGUUCAGUCGCAUAGAAGGGCCCUAUGCUUUUGUCUACGUGGACCGAGAGAGCGAGACGGUGUGGUUCGCACGCGAUGUGCUUGGCCGCCGGUCGCUGCUCAUUAAGCGCCAACAAGGCCUGUGGCUGGCAUCCGUGACACAAGCGGGUGAGGCGUGGGCAGAGGUAGCUGCUCAACGCAUUUUCCAGCUGGACCUGGCUGCUGCGCCCCAAGCGGACGAAGUUGGGGAGCUGCCGCUGUUGCUGGUUGAGCAUGAGUGGCGGUACGCGGACAGUGCUGGAGAGUCGCCUUUGGUUCUGCCGUUUGGCCGCGUAACCGACACUCAUGGAGCCGGCACCAGCAGCCCGGGUGCUCCAUCCGCCGGGCUUCCAGAGCUCGACGCAGCGUGGCUGCCCUUUGUUGAUGGGCUACAGGCAGCCCUCUCCGCGGCUCUCCUUCAGCGCACUGACUCUGUCCCGCACCAUGGCGCCUCAGGCACGCCGCGCAUCGGCAUUCUUUUCUCCGGCGGCAUCGACUGCAUCACCCUAGCGGCACUCCUUGCGCAGCAGCUUCCCGUGUCCGAACCCAUCGAGCUCUUCAACGUGGCCUUUGAGAACCCGCGCCAGCUCAAACACGCAGCCACCACCCUAUCCCAGCCUAAAUACAACGUGCCGGAUCGCAAAACUGGCAUCCAAGGGUGGAUCGAGCUCCGCCGCCUGUAUCCUGACCGGGAGUGGCGCUUUGUUGAAGUCGACGUUCCUUAUGCCCAGGUGCUAAUGCAUCGCGAACAUAUACGGGGCCUGCUGUGUCCAGCAGAUACUGUUAUGGAUAUGAGCAUUGGCAUGGCGAUUUGGUUUGCCAGCCGCGGAAUCGGCCGCAUCAAGCACGACGCCCAGAAUGGUGAGGGGGCAGAGUAUACGGGCCAGGCGCGCGUAUUGAUUCUCGGCAUGGGCGCUGACGAGCAGUUGGGUGGAUACUCCCGGCACCGCGUUGCGUGGGACCGCCGCCAUCAGUGGGCGGACCUCGGGGCGGAAAUCCGCCUCGACGUCGAGCGCAUUUCCUGCCGGAACCUUGGCCGCGAUGACCGAAUGGUUUCGGAUCAUGCGCGGGAGGCCCGGUAUCCAUUUUUGGCUGCCGAGGUGGUGGCCUUUUUGGCCAAUGUGCCGCUGAAUCGCAAAAUGGAUAUGCGAUAUCCAAGGGGAAUUGGUGAGAAGAUUUUACUCAGACUGCUGGCCCAAAGAAUAGGCCUGGUUAACGCAUGUAUGUUACCGAAACGUGCGAUUCAGUUUGGCGCGCGUACUGCGAAAAUGGAAACGUCACAGUCGAAGGGACAGGAUACAUUGUAAUACGCAAAGUGAGAUUUUUUUAUCAAUAUUGUUUCAUCAUAAUUGUUUUUUUUUUGUUAUUCAUAUUCAUGUCAUGAUUUUAAUUCUUUUUUUAUAGUGUAAGG